ACUCAACCCCGAGGGCGGAGCUAGUUCCGACUCCUAGACUUGGCGCUCUGGCCCGUAAAGGCUCGACUCUAUGGCUCCUCGGGUUCCCUCUGCCGCACUCUGGAGGACCACACUCGUUUUCUUUUCGGCUGCGCGAGGUCCCGCCCGCAGCCGGGGCUGAGCUGGAAGAAAGAUGGCGGCUGCCGUGCGCCAGGAUCUGGCCCAGCUUAUGAAUUCGAGUGGCUCUCAUAAAGAUUUGGCGGGCAAAUAUCGUCAGAUUCUGGAAAAAGCCAUUCAGUUGUCUGGGACAGAACAACUAGAAGCUUUGAAAGCGUUUGUGGAAGCGAUGGUGAAUGAGAACGUCAGUCUUGUGAUCUCACGGCAACUGCUGACAGAUUUCUGCACACACCUCCCUAACCUGCCAGAUAGCACAGCAAAGGAGAUCUAUCAUUUCACCUUGGAGAAGAUCCAGCCUCGAGUCAUUUCCUUUGAGGAACAGGUUGCUUCCAUAAGACAGCAUCUUGCAUCUAUUUAUGAGAAAGAAGAAGAUUGGAGGAAUGCAGCCCAAGUGUUGGUGGGGAUUCCUCUGGAAACAGGACAAAAACAAUACAAUGUAGACUACAAGUUGGAGACUUACCUGAAGAUUGCUAGACUGUAUCUGGAGGAUGAUGAUCCUGUUCAGGCUGAGGCUUACAUAAAUCGAGCAUCCCUGCUUCAGAACGAAUCCACGAAUGAACAGUUACAAAUACAUUAUAAGGUAUGUUAUGCACGUGUCCUUGAUUACAGAAGAAAAUUUAUUGAAGCUGCCCAAAGGUACAAUGAACUCUCUUACAAGACAAUAGUCCAUGAAAGUGAAAGACUAGAGGCCUUGAAGCAUGCUUUGCACUGCACCAUCUUAGCAUCAGCAGGACAGCAGCGUUCUCGGAUGCUGGCUACUCUUUUUAAGGAUGAACGGUGCCAACAACUUGCUGCAUAUGGAAUCCUAGAGAAAAUGUACCUAGAUAGAAUCAUCAGAGGGAACCAGCUUCAAGAAUUUGCUGCAAUGCUGAUGCCUCACCAAAAAGCAACUACAGCUGAUGGUUCCAGUAUCUUGGACAGAGCUGUUAUUGAGCAUAAUUUGUUGUCAGCAAGCAAAUUAUAUAACAAUAUCACCUUUGAAGAACUUGGAGCUCUUUUAGAGAUCCCUGCAGCUAAGGCAGAAAAGAUAGCAUCUCAAAUGAUAACAGAAGGACGUAUGAAUGGAUUUAUUGACCAGAUUGAUGGGAUAGUUCAUUUUGAAACACGAGAAGCCCUGCCAACGUGGGACAAACAGAUCCAAUCUCUUUGUUUCCAAGUAAACAACCUUCUGGAGAAGAUCAGUCAGACAGCCCCGGAGUGGACGGCUCAGGCCAUGGAGGCCCAGAUGGCCCAGUGAGGCCUUGUGGAGCUCUGUGCACGCCGCCUCGCUGCCACUGUGCGGGUGACUCCCCUGCCCCCCAAAGCAUUCGCAUCAUGACCUUCAUGUUUCAGUCCUUUUAUGCUGGAUCCCAUUUAAAAACGAUGCUAGAGCAGGAAGGUCAGCACUUAAACAUAGUAGUUCCCAUACGCUCUGGGUCUGUGUAUUAAACCAACUCAGAUAUUUUGAAAACUUGUUCUCUAAACAGAAGUGAAAGCGGCGUGAUGAAGAAGUUUGGAAUUUGUGAUCUUUGUAGUCAUGUAAAACUUAAGUGCUUUGUGCCUCUCCAAAUGUGGCUAUUCUAAUAAACGAAGCAAUGAACCAAAUAAAGGUGGUACUUUGUUUUUAUAGUUGAAAA